AUGAAACUUUCAAUUAAAACGUUAGAUCAACGGAACUUUUCGAUCGACUCCUAUGGUUUGAAAACAGUUUUGCAUUUAAAGCGAAAGCUCUUCAAUGUCGGCGUGACAAAUCUACUGCCCGAGCGACAGCAACUCAUGUAUGCGGGACGUGUGCUGAAUGACAGCAAAUUGCUUUCGUUUUACUCCAUCGACGAGCGUAAGUUUCUCUUGGUGAUGGCGAAAAAGGCCUGGAGGACGCCAAUUGCAGAAGAGCCCACCGUGCAAGCCAACAAUAAUACCAACAAUAAAAGUAAAGCAACACAACAAAUAAAGCCACCGAAUGCAGGACAGGGUGAUGAGGUGGAUAUGAACGGCAAACAACAAGCCAAAACGAAGCAGAGAACACGAAGCGGAAAUCCUUUAAAAGCGAAAAAGUCAACAAGAUUUAAGGCCUGCAAACCCAUGACAAACAAAGGGAGUGCCGUGAAGAUCGCGCGUCAAAUCACCGCGUCUCCUAAGAUAACAUCAGCGCCUGCAGUCGGUGAUUGCAAGGAGCACCGAGCCUCAGUGAGCUCUAUAGAGUCGGCGGAUUCACAGCAACGACGACGACAAGAGCUCAAAAAAGAGCGUAGAUCAAUUAUUAAAUAUAAGCCCGUCAAAUCAAAGGCAUCACUCUUGAGCACCGCUAAAUUAUAUGCGACCAAAAAGGCGAGCAACAUGCGCACAAUCAGAAGAAGAAAAACAAAGAAGCCACCACAAGUGCAAGUGUGCGACAAGUUCGUACUACGCCAAAUUGUUGCAAUGGGCUAUAAUGAGGAUGAUGUGCGACGCGCUCUAAUCGCCAGCUUCAACAAUCCCAACGAAGCUGUCGAUUACCUCGUUAAACAAGUACAAGAGCGUAUGGCACAACAACCCAAAGGAAAAUCAAAUCAAAAGAAGACACAAAACAACAAACAGAAGAAUUGCAAAUUAGUGGCAGGAGCGAGCUCUAAUGAAAGAAAUAGCUUGGCUUUCCUACGAAAUGAUCCAGAUUUUAGAAAUCUACGACGUCUCUUGCGCAGACGUCCGAAUAUAUUGCAGGACGUAAUCAAACGUGUCGAUACAUCACAUCCCGAGUUGCUGCAAAUGCUGAAGGAACAUGAAAGCGAAUUCUUGCAAUUGUUGCACGAAAACGCGGAGAACUCGGCUGAUGAUGAGGAGCAAUGCGAAAAUUGUAAUUUCAACUCAAUGCAGAUCUCACCGGAGGAGGAGAAGGUGAUAGCGCGUCUGGUGCAAAUGGGUUUCAAGCGUCAGAUGGUCGUCUUAGCGUUCAUCGCUUGCGAUCGUGAUGUCGAGAAGACUGUGGACUAUCUCUGUCGCAUCGAUGAUAUCCACAUUUAA